UUACUUGAGUAUUCUUCCUGCCAAAAGGCCCGAGGCAUGAGAGGUGAGAGUUGAGCCAAUGUCCACCGCGAUGAAGAGGCUCUCAUUCUCAGCUUUCCAGCAGCCAGAGAAUCUGCAAAUUGGGGCACAACACGAGAACAUCCUGUUGUGUUGAGUGUCUCCACUCAAGUAAGCUGGACAUGAGGCUGUGUCUAGAAUGUGGGUGCUUGGUAACUGGAGGUCUAAGUUCUGUUGGGGCCUGCCACCAAGCAAGAGAGGUCACUUCUUAAGGUCCCAUUACCUCAGCCCCUUCCAUCAAUCAGACCCACCCAAAGCCCCCUUCCAGCUGUUGGCUGCUCUCCCUCUUUGCCCAUGUCAUCUCCAUCACCGCACACAAAUGCCCAUCACUGCCCUCCCCACCCCUCCUUGGGAAUGGAACCAGAGCCCAACUUUCAGGAGACACAGCUGAGUUAAGAUCUCUUUUUUUCCUAUCAGUUCUGUGUCCUGCAAAAGCCACUGUGCCUCUUAAGAUCUCCCCAGUUUCCCAACCUGCACAUUGGAGAUGGUGCUAAAAAUAGCUUCCUAGGGACAUUUUCAGGUUCAUAUGUCAUAAUGCCUAUAACACCUGUGGGCUGAUGUCACAUGUGUCUGAUACACAGACUUAGAGAUGGAAGAAUUACAAGAAGGAGUAAGAUGUAACUUGGAAUACCACCUAAAACUUCCCUGGGUUCCAGAUGUGUGAUCUUGGGAGGCACUGCUGCUCUGGGCCUCAUUUUCAGGGUAAGAGGAAAAGAAGUAUGAUGGUGAAGUCUGCACAGAGGAAGCAACAUGACUGUGGGAACCAAUCCAAACCAAAGCCUGGGUUAAGCACCUCCAUCCCUUUGAGGCUGUCCAGUUACAUCUUCCAGAGGCCAGUUACUAGAAUCACAUCCCAUCCCGGCAAUGAGGUCAGAUGCCAUCAAUGGGAGGAAACCUUGGAGCGGCCCCAACAAGUCUGCUGGCAGAAGAGACUGCAAGGACUGCAGGCCUGCAGCAGCGCAGGGGAACUGUUAAGCCCUCUGGAUCUUGCCAAAGCCUUGCACAACCUUACACCCAGUUGCACAGGUGCAUCCCUGCCAGGCGUGCUCACGGGUGGUCUGAACUCCAGUCCCAUGCCCACCCCUUCCGGGUCUUCAGAUUUUGCAGAGAUGAUUCCAGGAGCUGGUAUGGGCGUUCCACAGCUCCUCUGCAAACAAUUUUUGGUGACUGAGGAAGACAUCAGGAAACAGGAAGGGAAAGUGAAGAUGGCAAGAGAGAGACUGGCGAUGGCACUGAUUGCAGAUAGACUCGCUGGCGAGGCAGAGAAAGUGAGGGCCCAAGAUGGACGUCCUGACAAACACUAUGAAAAAAACAGAAGAUGGUGCAGAUGAUGUGGAGCACCACACUACAUUAAUGCCUCUCUAGUGUUCCUAAUGUUUUCUCGCUUUGAGCUCUUGAAACUUUAAAAUAUAACAAUACUUUCCUUUUACUCAAUUCUUUUGCAUGACAUAGAAGAUACAGACAGUGAUUUUUUUGAGGCAAGAGAUUGGGUUUCAGGUGAUGAGAGAAAGGAGAUCUUUCCUUUUCAUGUUCUCUCAUUUUCCUUUUGUAAGUAUGUUAUUUAUUUGUAUUUUAAGGUCAACAGAGAGUUAUCAAAGUCAUGGGAUUCUUUAGAGUUUUGCCCUCACAGUCACAGAGUAAAACCUACGUAGUCAGAA